AUGGAGGGGGUUGAAGGGAUGAUGAAGGGGCUAAAGCUCUCGGAGGAGGAGAAGAAAGGUGUUAAGAUUCGGCUCUCGGCGAAGGAGAAAGGGAAGCCGUCUGAGGCACAAGCUGUUGGCAAAGUUAUGUCGGAGAAGUUGGCGCACCCUGAUGCAAUCUGUCUCUCUCUCGGGAGGGUCUGGUGCCCUAUCAAGGGGAUUAGUUGCAAGGAGAUAGGUGUUAACCAAUUCCUGAUCACGUUUCUUCAAGAAUCGGGGAAGAGGAAGGCACUAGAGGACGGGCCAUGGAUGUUUGAUAAGGAUCUAGUGGUGGUGGAGAACUAUGUGCCUAGCAGGAGGCCGGAGGAUUACCUGUUUGAUAACAUUCCCAUCUGGGUGAGGGUUUAUAACCUACCCCUAGGCAUGAUGAAUGCGGAGUCGGCAGAAGACAUUGGCAACAUUGUGGGGGAGUUCGUGGAGGCAGGCACCGGAGCUGAUGGAAGCGCCAUAGGAAGGUUCCUGUGUGUGAAGAUUCGGAUGCAGAUUGAUAAACCUCUAAUGAGGGGAUUCACGUUGGACGAUGGGGGAGAGAAGGAGGAUGCGCAAAGGCGGGGGAAGGCGACUAUGAUGAGCGAGGAGGAAGAGGAUGAUGGAAGCUGGUGCCGUUUCGAAUAUGAAUACCUCCCAGAUUUCUGCUACACGUGUGGGGUGAUCGGCCAUGGAGAGAAGGAUUGCACUGUUAAAUUGUUAAAAGGGAAGAAGGCCCAGUUUGGCAGAUGGCUCCGGGCUGAUAUGAUGCAAAGGAGAGGGCUAGUUGAUGAGAAGGCAUGGAGGAACAGUGGCAGGAGCGGAUCUGGCUCUCGAAACUAUGGUUAUAGUCGGUCCGGAGGGAGGGCGGGAAGCGGGAGUGACAGUCUGUCUUGGAGGAAGAGCGACUCGCGUUCCAGUGGUGGCGGUGGUGACGGCACGGGGGAGAAGGGGGAGGAGGUCACUAGCCCUGUUAAGAAAAGGGGGCGGAUGGGCGAGGAAGGGGAUGAAGAGGAGGGAGCAGUUUCAGGAAAGAAGGGUAGGGCUGUGAAAGAGUCGAUGGAGUUGGAUGUGGUGGUGGACGGAAGGGAGGAGGCGCCAGUACACAUUCUAUCGGCCGGGCUGCAGGAGCAGCCCCGCCGGGAUCAAUGA